ACAAGCAAAAUAAUGAAAUCGAACCUUAACCACUCUUUCAAAAUGAAAUGUGAUUUUGAUUGUACGUCUCUUCGUGCUGGGUUUCCAUCACUGAAAUCUGCUGUAGAGAAAACAAGACUGGAAGCAUCCUGCCCCUUGAAUAAUGAGGAAGGCUUUUGUAAAAGCUGUGCUGAAGACUGUCAGAAAGUACUCCUUGGUGGCUCAUGCCAUGCGGCCACCAGAAAUCUGGAUCUUGAAGAUGAAGGAAGACCUGUACAUAACAAAGAAAACAAGCAAGUAACCCAGAGACUUGAUGAAGGUAUCUAUGAGAUGGAGACACUGGAAAACAGUAAAUUUAAUGAUGACAGUGGUUAUUCCUCUAUGUUAAGUAAUCAAUAUGCUGAUGCAAUAGAACCUGAGGAUAGUAUACCUUUGGCUGGGAAUCUCUGUGGCACACCAAAGCAUUGUCUCAUGAAGAACCAAAACCAAACACAAUUUUCAAAGAAGACUUUGUUGCCAGUAAUCCAUUAUGAAGAAAUGAUUUGCUCAACUUUGAAAAAAAGCGGUAAAAGAAAUCUCAAGUCUUGGGCUGCAGUAGACAGAAUUGUUUUUAAGGGAAAGGUUGAACUUUGUAACCUAAUUGGAAAGAAAAUGGGAUUAGAUAGAGUAGACAUUCUUGCCGAACUCUUCCAAAAGAACCUGAAGCAUAUAUUAGCAAAGAUUUUAAGGCAUCUCUGUGAGAUGGAUUUAAUAAAUUUUGCCAAAGUCAACACAACAUGGCAGAAGAUUCUACAAGAAGAUAAAUGGAUUUUCCAAAAGUAUAGUAAAGCUGUGAAAAACCUUUCUAAUGGCACUAAGGCAUCAGAGCAUGCUGCAACAAGGGAGUAUGUUCUCUACCGAGCGGCUUUAGCUUCCAUUCAGAAAGCAACUCCACCAAACAACUUGAAUAAAAAAGGCACCAGGUCCAAAGUAUCUAAGAAUCACAGCAGGCUCAUGGAGUUUUCUGAGGCUGCCAAGACCUUGAAAAACACUGAAAGCCUUAAAGUCUGCAAUCACUGUGGCUCGCCUGCAAAGUAUGACUCCUAUCUACAAAGAGCGACGUGCAGUCGUGAAAGUUGUGGCUUUGACUUUUGCACAAAGUGCCUGUGCGGCUACCACAGCUCCAGUGACUGUACGAGUGGGAGACCAGUGAAACCCCACUCUAAGCUGGGGCCGCUUCCUGGGACUAAGAAAAGCAAACAGAAUCUACAGCGAUUGUGA